GAGAUAAGAUAGUAAACAGAUGAUAAGAUAUAUAAGCAAUAAUGAAACAAAUUAUUUUUAGUAUGGUGAUAUCUACCCGCGCUGCAUCAUGAGUUUCAACGACAAAGUAGUUAUUGUGACUGGCGCGAGCUCCGGUAUUGGAGCCGCCAUUGCCGUCGAAUUCUCUGGACUUGGAGCUAAAGUGACUAUUGUUGGAAGAAAUGAAACCAAACUGAAAGAGGUCGCGAAGAAAUGUAAAAAUCCCUUGACAGUAGUGGCGGACAUUACUAAGGAAAACGACAUUAAGAAAAUUGUUACCGAAACCUUGAACCGCUUUGGAAAAAUUGAUAUCUUGAUAAACAAUGCUGGGAUGGCUAUUCAGGCGAGUAUUUUAGCUGAAAAUGCUAUGGAAACCUACGAUAAGGUGAUGAACACAAACCUACGUUCUGCUGUGUACCUCACACAUCUUGCCGCGCCCCACAUCGUCAAAACCAAAGGGAACAUUAUUAAUAUAUCAAGUAUAGCCUCGUUAACCGUCUUCGGUAAGGAUCAAUUUUCAUACGGCACAUCGAAGGCUGCUAUGGAUCACUUCACCAGAUCUAUUGCUGCUGAACUAGCUUCAAGUGGAGUUCGUGUCAACUCUGUGAAUCCUGGGCCAGUGAAGACCGAUUUCCUGGAAAAUAUCGGUAUAAGCAAGGACCAACUGGAAGCUACUUUUGAACAUAUGGCUAAAAUGACUGCACUGGGGAGAGUUUCUGGUGCAGAAGAAAUUGCUGAUUUGGUUACGUUCUUAGCGAGUGAUAAAGCUAAAGCCAUUACAGGUGCCGUAUUUGUAUCUGAUAACGGAGUUUUAAUUAAGGCUAAUUAGAGUUGUAGAAAGAUAUAAUAACUGUGUGAAGUAAGGAGGAUGAAUAAUAAUUAUUAUAGCCUAUUUAUAACACCGGUGAAGACACCCUUCAUUGUCAUACUAGAUCAGCUGUGAAGAGGAAUAUCGAGAUAAAUAGACAUAAUAAGACCACAACAAUGGGUGGUUUGUUGAUGCAGUUGUAAAUCCCCACCUCAAGGACGAGUCCUGUGAUUUCAGUUAUUUAUAGACGAAUUUAUUGAAUCUAACUCUCAUUCAUUCGCUUGCAUUGUUACCUACCGCAGUGAAUCACAAAAAACUAGUUUGUGAAAAACUCUUGUAAAAAAUCCACCUUUUUGAAAAAGGAGUAACAUACUGUUUUUGUACAUAAAUUGCAUUUAUUGAUUUAUUUACAAUUAAAUCAAUAAAUGCACAAAAUGAAA